AUGAUUUUCGUCAGGGCUGCCAAAGAAAUGGACGGCGCGGAAGGCGAAGAAUCGGGAUGGUUUCCUUCCGUGAUGCUCUAUUCGGCCGUCGUCUUCAUCGUCCUCUUCUUCGUCAGGUACCCAAACUGACUCAUUCUUCCCGAUUUCUCAUUAUUUCCUUCUAGACGUUUUAUCAAAGGCGGUCAGUUCACUGAGAGGGUGUCAGCCAAAGGACUCGUGGCUGUGGUGACUGGUGCGAACUGUGGAAUUGGAUUCGAAACUGUCAGAGAGCUCAAUUUGAGAAAGGCCGAUGUCAGCUCUAAGUUGUAUUCUGAGAUGACUCGUUGUUUUUUCAGGUUUACAUGUUGUGCCGCAGUGAGGAAAAGGCGAAUGAAGCGAAGAGAAACCUCGUGCGAAUGGGCUGCGAUGCUACGCGUCUCCACUUCAUCGAGUGCGAUCUGAACGACUUUGAAAGCGUCCGACGCGCUGCGAAGGAGCUCCUCGAGUCGACUGACACCAUCGACAUUCUUAUUAACAACGCCGGAAUCAUGUUCCAAAGCAAGCACGUCCUGACAAAGGACGGACACGAGAGAACGUGGCAGAGCAACCAUCUCGGACCGUUCCUGCUCACCGAGCUCCUUCUUCCGGCAGUCAAGAAGUCGUCGUACGCUCGCAUUGUCAAUGUCUCUUCCAUGAUCCACAAAAAAUCGGAUAAGAUCAACGUGGCGACUGUGGACGACAAGAAGGCGUUCGGAAUGAUGAAGUCGUACUAUCAGAGCAAACUGGCCAACGUGAUGCACGCGAGAGCGCUGACCGCCGAGCUCAGAAAGGACGGAGCGGACCACGUGACUGUCAAUUCAUUGCACCCGGGAGCAGUGGACACCCCGCUGAUGAGAAGCACCCUCGUGUACCUCCCUGGAAUUAAACAGAUCACUUCUCCAUUCAGGUGAGCCCCCGAACCACAAUGUAUUCCUUCAUGCAUAGCUUUUUCAGAUGGUUCUUCCUGAAAACUAGCCGCGACGGCGCCCAGACCUCGAUCCACGUGGCUUUGAGCAAGAAAUUGGGCGGAAUCAGUGGAAAGUACUUCUCGGAUUGCAAACUGGACAAGGAAAACCCGCUAGCUCUCGACGAUCAGGCCUGCCAGGACCUGUACAACUACAGUCGCGAAGUCACCGGACUCGCCAAAUGA